UUAUAAUUGAAGUCGACACGCUUGUCGCCGUCGGCGUGUGGAGACUGAAUCGUGGUGCCCCGCCCGCGUCUGAGCACUAUUCAACAUCACCAGUGGUUGUGCUGCCCCUGGUGACGGCCGAGCUCUGUUAGUGCCCGCCCGGCCCUCCCGGUGACUGUGCUAUUCUAGCGGCGCCGGUCCAGCUGUCAUGUCCGGCUGUGACGAUUGGGGCGCGCUGCCGGUGACGGUGGCGCCGCUCUGGAGGCCGCCGCAGCCGGCCGCGCGCGACGAGGACGGCCAGUUCUCGGACGCUGCCGGCUCGGAGGACGAGGAGGAUCCGGCCGAGGGCGCCGCCUGCUCCCUGCAGACGGUCGUGGCCGCGCCGGCCGCCGCCGUGCCGCGGCUGGCGCUCAGUGAGAUGGUGGCCGCGCCGCAGCCGGUGCCGGCGGGCGGAGGCGACUGGGAGGUGCCGCCGCUGCCCGGCCGGCUCUCCGAGCUCAGCCUGGACGACAGCGGCGCGGACCGGCCCGGCGGCGCCGCCUCGGCCGACGUCAGCCCGCGCUCCGUGGCCGGGACGGCCAGCGUGUCUCUGCGCAGCUACCUGGACCCGGCGGCGGUGGCCGCCGACCUCACGGCCGAUAUGACCGACUGCGAGACGCUGGACCAGCUGGCAGAGCUGGUGGACACGGGACGGACCGUGCGGCCGGCGCCGUCCGCGUCACCGACCGGCUCCAUCAGCCCCGAGACCGCCGGAGCAGCCAGCCGGCCGGCCGGGGACACCGCGGAACACACCGGCCAGCCGACCAGCCAGACUGUCAACUUCACUGCCAGCCACACUGCAAACUUCACUGCCAGCCAACCAGCCAGCCACACUGCACCCUACAGCAGCCAAUCGGCCAGCCACACCGCAAACUUCACUGCCAACCCGGCCGCCAGCCACUCAACUAGCCGUGUCACGGCAUGGGGUGAUCAGGCGAGUCAGCCCGACAGCCAAUCUCAGGAACCCAGCGCUCGGUGUGCGGGGACCUACGGCUACCUCCCGACUUUACCCGCCCGAUCGCCGGCCGACGGUAGAGGUCUGACGGCAGGACAGGACGCGGUGAUCUCAGUGACGAGUGGUGUGACGCUCCAGCGGCCGCUGCAGGAGGGUGAGGUCAGGACGGAGGUGGUGACCGCCGGCGGGCUGACCAUGCUGAAGGAGUCAUGUCGCGGCGGCACGGUUACGUCGUUCAUGAUGACGGAGAAGGUGACGCAGUCGGUCCGAGGCGUGGGCGGAGUGGAAGGUGGGAUAGUGCUUCAGUCUGGUGAGCAGGCCGCGAGAGGUGACGGAGAGCAUCGGCAGAGUCUCGCUGCUGGGCCGGUGAUGGAACGUGGUGGCGGCGACCUGGACGGAGCACACAGUGCUAAUGUGACCUCAGCGGAUGGUACCCGGACCGCAGUCACGGCGCCGGACCGUGGAGCGCCCGCGCCACUCCCGCCGGCCGCUCCGCCGCCGGCCGUAGUGGUCUCACCGGCCCCUCCAGCUCCCUCUGUGCAGCCCGGCCCGCCGGCAGAGUCCUCUGACAGCGGCCGGGGCGACUCUGCUCCUCCCGCCGCCGGCGCGGGGCCGGCGCCGCCCUGUCCCGUGCACGGCUCACCGAGCCGGCGCCGCGCCUUCAAACGGUCACCGGCGCGGCGGCUGUCCUUUACUCUGGAGAGUCCCAGUCCCCUCCUGGUGGAGUACUACAUGAAACACCCCGAGGAACGGCUGAAGGUUCUGGAGAGCGCGGCGGCGGUGGACCCCGACGUGCUGGAACUGUCGGGGACGGCGCCGGUCGAGCCAGAGUCUCCCGAGCCGCCGGCCCGGCCGGCCGCGGACCCCGCCGACGGCGACCCCCAGGCACCCCACUCGGCAGAGACGGGCGGCGACCGGCCCCGGCGCCGCUGGGCCGACGACGCGGCCUCGGCGGCCGACCUGCGCGCUGCGCUGGCCGGCCGGCGCGCCUCUGAGGACACGGUGCUGAGCUCACCGCGCCCUGAGGAGCCGCCCGCCCCCGCCCCCGCCGCCCGUGCCCGGAUCCCAGACAUACCUCUGGGCUGGGGCAGCGUGCUGCGAAACCUCUCAGCGACGGAGGAGGGUGGUGCGCCUCCCCCUCACCACCACCAGCACCAGUCGGCGGCACCACCCGCCCGGUGGCGGGUGUCUGCACCACCGCCGCCCCCAGCCACCCUGGAGAUGUCCCCCAGACAGGCGGCAGGGUCUCCGUCCGGCCGCCGUCGCCGUGUGCGCGGCUCCCCCCGGCCGCGCCGAGCGCCACCCGCUCUCUCCCCUCUCGCUCUGUCCCGGCGGCCCACCCCCAACUUUGACUCGCACGCGGUUCAGGAGAUAGUUCAGGAUCGCAGCCCGGGCGCGGACGUCGGCUGGGCCACGCCCUCCCCACCGCCGCGGGGGCCGAUCCGGCGGUCUCCGGCCGCCCCCGCCCCGGCCGCUGCCGCCCAGGACCGCCUCACUGCCACUGGUGCCGCCGACCCGGCCGCGGCUGCCGCUGAGCUUCAGGACGUAUUCAGGCUUCCGGCGCUGGACGAGCUGCGCCAGCUGCUGUCGCUCCACGAGCGGCAGAUGGCGGCGCUGGUGGAGCAGCAGCGGCGCCAGCGGCGCGCCCUGGAGGCCGCCUGCCGCCGCCGCGAGGACGCCGUGCUGCAGCGGCUGCGCCGGCAGCUGGCCGCUGCUGAGCUGCUGGCCGCACCACCGGCCGACAGCCAGCCGCCCUCGCCGCCCGUGGAGGCGCCGAUGGCCGGCGGAGACGGCCCCUCCACGUCCCCGGCGGCUGCUGGGUGGCGCCGGGCGCCCCGGCCCGACCCCCGGCCCGAGUCGGGUCAGCUGACCUACCGCUGUGAGCCGCACUCGCCGCCGGCCACCCGCCAGUCGGAGUCCGACCAGCCGUCUGCGUAUGAGCGGUACGAGGCGCAGCCCAGCACCCCUCCCGCCCGCGAGAGGCCGCCGCGGCCCGCCUCGGACCCGGUACCGACUCCGGUGGCCCGCCGGCUGGCGGCGUCACCCGGACUUGCAGAACACCCCGUCUGUGUGCCACCGGAGGCGCUCGCACCGGGAAUGGAGGCGCGCUACGCUCGGGUCACGGCCGCCGCCCGCGGCUUCCUCACCCGCAGACUGAUGCGCACAGAGAAGGUGCAGUCGCUGAUUGCCGCGGUCAAAGAGUCGAUGGUUUGCGCGCUCCGACUGCAGAGAGAAGUCGACCUCACCAAACAGAUUACCAAGCAGGACCUGGAGCUGCACGAGCGACUCUUCAACCAGGUGCGCGGCGCGUGCUACUCGCUGCACCAGCUGUGUAUCGCCUCCACCCCGCAGCAGCGGCUGGCGGUGAUCGCCGCCGACCGGGCGGCCCGCGCGCACGCCGCGGAGAGGAGACGCAGUGGGGACGCCGCUCUGCGACUCUCGCAUGCCACGCUGGUCUCACAGCAGCGCAGAAAGUAUAGGGAGCCGAUGUCGGGCCGGCCGGGGUCCGCCGUGCCGCGGCUGAGGGCCCGGCCCUCCUCAGGCGCCGUCUCCGUGUCGCCCAAGACGCGCUCGUCGCCGUCGGGCCGCCCGCGCCGCGUGGUGGCUCACUCGCCGCGCUCGGCCAGCCGCAGCAGCCUCGCCUCCGAGAGGACAGCCGCCGCCGGUCGCGCCUCGCGCUCCGCGCGCAGUCUGGUUCAGCUGGCCAACAUUUACGCGCCAAAUCCGGUGCGCCGCGCCAAAUCCAGCCAAUCGCAGCUGACGAGCGGUGGUUACGGCGGCGCGCCGCAGACGGCCGAGCCCAAGCGGCGCCAGCGGAGCGGGCGCGCCUGGCGCUGAGCGCCGCCCGCCGCCUCCCGCCGCCCGUGAUACAUCGCCGGCCGCCGCGCGCCCCCUGCAGGUACGCGCCAUGUUCCAUUGCACUCAUUUGUAUCCAACUUUCGGCUGUUAUCUUCUUCGGUUAAGGACGUCUAGUCGCACGGCACAACGAUGUGUCAACGAAUGUGUUUUGUAAAAUACGUGUCGCGAACGGACAUCCCACAAAUGCGCGGUAGAACCAUGCACAUAUCCAGUAAUGGCUGCUGAUGUUAAAUACAGAUAUUCAUGCUUUCCA